AUGUCCUCCACCUCCUCCUACUCCUCCUCAGGAGAAACUAGCCCAGAGGAUGUACCCCGAGGUGGGGGCACCAUCCGUGUCUACCUCCCCAACAAGCAAAGGACUGUGGUGAAUGUUCGCCAAGGACAGACAGUCUAUGAAAGUCUAGAUAAAGCACUAAAAGUGAGAGGCUUAAGCCAAGACUGCUGUGCUGUAUUCCGCCUUUUAGAAGGUCGUAAGAGAUUGACAGACUGGGACACAGACAUCACCCCUUUGGUCGGAGAGGAGCUAUUAGUCGAGGUCUUGGAUGAUAUUCCCCUAACCAUGCACAACUUUGUACGGAAAACCUUUUUCAAGCUCGCCUACUGUGAUUUUUGCCACAAGUUUUUAUUUAAUGGCUUCAGGUGUCAGACAUGUGGCUACAAAUUUCACCAGCACUGCAGUAGCAAGGUACCUACUGUUUGCGUUGACAUGGACACAGUAAGCAAACAGCGUCCCUGCACAGAUGAGUAUCCUCAGAUACUAAUACCAGAAAAUUCACCCUCGCAGAGUAACAUAGCCUUAACCCCAGAGCCUGCUAGGAUGGACCUCCUGUCCCCAACAUCAGCCUUUCGCUUUCCCAUCCCAAGUGGAGAUGGGCAAUCUCUCCAAAGGCAUCGUUCCACCUCGACACCCAAUGUUCAUAUGGUCAGCACAGUGAAUCCCGCGGUUGCCAGCAUUAUAGAGGAAGCAGUGAAAUUCAUCAACACAAUAGGUCCUGAACCAUCGCCCAAGCCAUCUACCAGCCCACCUUCUUCUUUAGGUUCCCCUGGAAGAAGACCGCCGAAGUCCCCCUCAGAGCACAAAGAACGAAAGCCUUCCUCUUCUGAUGAUAAAAAGAAAGUACACCGAGGAGGCUACAGGGACUCGAGUUACUACUGGGAGGUCCACUCCCGAGAAGUCACAAUCCAGAAGAGAAUAGGAGCUGGCUCCUUUGGAACUGUAUUCAAGGGCAAGUGGCAUGGGGAUGUAGCGAUCAAAAUCCUCAAAGUCACAGAGCCAACACCUGAGCAAUUACAAGCCUUUAAAAAUGAAAUGCAGGUCUUACGGAAAACCCGCCAUGUCAACAUCUUGUUGUUCAUGGGCUAUAUGACUAAGCCCAAUUUUGCAAUCAUCACGCAGUGGUGUGAAGGCAGUAGCCUGUAUCGCCAUCUGCAUGUCUCUGAAACCAAAUUUGACACUAUGAGGCGGAUUGACGUGGCCAGACAGACGGCACAGGGCAUGGAUUACCUUCAUGCCAAGAACAUUAUUCAUCGUGACCUGAAAUCAAACAAUAUUUUCCUCCAUGAAGGUUGGACUGUUAAGAUAGGGGACUUUGGCCUUGCGACAGUGAAGUCACGGUGGAGCGGCUCUCAACAAGUUGAGCAGCCAAGUGGAUCGAUCCUUUGGAUGGCCCCAGAGGUGAUCAGAAUGCAAGACAGCAACCCAUAUACAUUCCAGUCUGAUGUAUAUGGCUAUGGAGUAGUGCUGUUUGAGCUGAUGUCAGGGACUCUGCCAUACUCCAACAUUAACAACAGAGAUCAGAUAAUCUUCAUGGUGGGACGUGGUUACUUGUCCCCAGACCUCAGUAAGCUCUACAGUACCUCACCCAAGUCUAUGAAAAGGCUGAUCAUCGACUGCCUAAAGUUCAAACGUGAUGAGAGGCUUUUGUUCCCGCAGAUCCUAGUAGCCAUUGAGCAGGUACAGGAUCUGCUGCCCAAAAUUGAGCGGAGUCGUUCUGAGCCCUCUCUCCAUCGGGCCGUCCAUGCUGAAGACCUGAACCCUCUUUUGUUCCACACCACGAGGCUGGUGCCUCUCUAA